ACCCAGCCAGGGCUAACAUUUUUUCUGAAAUGAAGUUUGGUGUGAAUGCCUGACAACCUGUGUUCAAAUACUGUGCCUGUAUUAGUCGCUAGGGCUGCCGUGACAAGUACUGGGUGGCUGAAGUUUAUUUUUCUCAUGAUUCUGGAGGUUGGAAGUCUAAGAUCAAGGUGUCAGCAGAGCUGGUUUCUCCUGAGGUUUCUCUCGUUGGCUUGUAGGUGAUCAUUUUCUGGCUUGUCACCUCUCAUGAUCUUUCCUUUUUGUGUCUGUGUCCUAAUCUCCUGUUCUCAUAAGGACACCAUAUUAGAUUAGGGCCUACCCUAAUGACCUCAUUUUAACUUAAUCACCUCUUUAGAGGCCCCAUCUCUAAAUAGUCACAUCCUGAAGUUCUGAGGGUUAAAACUUAAGCAUAUGAAUUUGGGUGGACACAACUCAGCCCUUAACUGCCACUUUACUAGUUUGUAAUUUUGACCAAUUUACUUAACCUGUGUGUGCCUCAGUUUUCACUGCUUUAAAUAGGGGCAAAGUAGUAAUUAGGUCAUGGAGUUGUGAGCAUUUAGUUGUGAGAUAAUAAAUGUAAAGCUGUCAGAACUGUCUAGCAUACAGUAGUACUCAGUAAGUUGACAUAUGCUCCAUCUGUAAAUUAGUGCUCAUAGCACUUCACUGUGGAGUGAGGCAGUUGGGUACUUAGUGCUAUGGGAAUAAAAGUAAUAAUCACAGAUAUUAUCACGGGGGUGUCCACUGCUGUGCCAGACACUAAUUGUUUUAUGUGUGUUCAUUCAUUUACUCAUCACAGUUACCCCAGCAGUGGGCCAUUGUCACGUGCCUGUUUCACAGAUGGAGAGGCUGAUGCACAGAGAUGGAACUGAGAUUUGAACUCAGGCUCUACCACUGUGUUGUAUUGACCUAGUUAGAAAGGAUGUGCCCUGGGAGGGUGGUCAGUCAGCAGGUAGACCCAGGAAACUGUUGACUGACUUCUGUUUUUCUUGGCCCAGGUUUGUAGCAAUAGCAGCAUUCAUGGCAGGUCCCCUGUGGCGGGCCGCAGCGUUUGUGCAGAGACACAGGACAGGCCUAUUGGUGGGUUCCUGUGCAGGCCUCUUUGGGGCCCAAAUCUUGUACCACCUCUUCCCAAAUCCCGUGGUUCGAUGGCUAUAUCAGUACUGGCCUCAGGGCCAGCCAGCCCUGCUCUCCCCAAAGCUACAGAGACUCUUCCAAGAGGUGCUGCACGACAUGGGCAUCCCAUCAGACCAUUGCUACGAGGCCUUCACCACCUUCACCUUCCAUCCGGUGAGUGCUGGCUUCCCAAGACUCCCUGCUGGAGCCGUGGUGGGCAUCCCUGCUAGCUUCCUGGGUGACCCAGUGACCAACACUGACCGCUCUGUGGUUGUACAUGGGCAAAGAGUGAACUGGAAGAGCCCAGAAGGUGCCCGGCUGAGAGAUGCCCUGACCCUGUCCCAUAAUGCCCAGAAGUUUGCCUUGGCCAGGGAGGUGGUGUACCUGGAGAGUGGUACAGCUGCCCUGCAGGCCCUGCCAGCCCCAGCUUGCCUGGCAGGAACUUGGGCAUUGAGUGUGGGUGCCAAGCAUGCGCUGGGUCUCUAUGGAGGCCCCAUGAACUUACGGGCUGCCUUCAACCUGGUGGCAGCAGUGGCGGGCUUUGUGGCUUACGCCUUCUCCACGGACUCUCUCACUCAUGCCCUGGAAGCCUGGCUGGACCGCCGCACAGCCUCCCUGUCUGCAGCCUAUUCCCAGGGUGGAGUAGAGUUCUAUGAGAAGGUUCUGUCUGGCAACCUGGCCCUGCGCAGUCUCUUGGGCCCGCCUGGAGAGAAGCUGUAUACGCCCAGUGGGAAUGUCAUUCCCAGACAUUGGUUCCGCAUCAAACAUUUACCCUACACGACCCGCCGGGACUCUGUGCUGCAGAUGUGGAGGGCGACACUCAACCCAGGCCGCUCCUGAGGCCUGCAUCUCACAGACAUUUCCAGCUUGUGCAGGCACCAUGCUGCCAUUGACCCCGGGGGCUCUCUUGGUGCCUCCACACCCACAACCCAAUGUCAGAAAAAUCAUAGGCUUUGGAAUUAAACAGCCUAGAUUCUACCUCAACCCACCUCUUACCCAGUGAUCUUGGGCAUGUCCUUUUAUGAAUCUGAGCCUUGGUUUUCUCCACUGUAAAAUGGAGGUGAUGUAAACUUCUAGCAGGAUUGUGGGGUUCCCUGGUAGAAAGGGUGUGCCAUAAAUAAACAGAUGUCCCUCCUUGGUCAUUGAA